AUGGGCAAAAACGUCCGCAAGACGAAAAAGUUCGCGCUGACCAAACGCCUUUUGAACCCAAAAGACGCCAAGCAGCAAACGCGAAUGAACAGUGGUGGACAAGAGAGUCACAGGAGUAAAAACCAAUUCAAAUCGAAGGAAAACGAGAUGAAAAUCAAACGCAUCGAAGCGGUCUCUUCGCACAUGUUCAACGAACACAACGCGUCGAUUAAACCACCGUACUCGGUUUUAGUGGACACAAACUUUAUCAAUUUCUCCAUCAAGAAUAAAAUCGAUUUAGUGAAAGGGAUGAUGGAUUGUUUAUACGCGAAUUGCGUCCCACACGUGACGGAUUGCGUGAUUGGGGAGUUGGAGAAACUCGGGACGAAAUAUCGCGUCGCGCUGAGAGUGGCGAAAGACCCGAGGUUCGUAAAAUUACCGUGCAUGCACCGAGGGACGUACGCGGACGACUGCAUCGUGGACAGGUGCAGGAAACACAGAUGUUACGUCGUGGCCACGUGCGAUACGGAUUUGAAACGAAGGUUACGGAAAAUCCCGGGCGUGCCAAUCAUGUAUCUUCAGAAUCAUAAGUACAGCGUCGAGAGGUUGCCCGCGGCCGGGAACAUCGGGAACGCGCCCAGAUUGUAG